AUGUCUCUUCCUUGGCUGUCGCAGCCUGUCAUGCUGCACUCCAGCCGGGACCCUGGCAUGUGCAUGCUCACCCCCGAGCAAUGCGCCUAUAAGCAGCGAUACUGGGUGUUCUGGUACGAGGCCGACCACAGGUACUCCCUCCCGACGCUCGCAUUGUUCCUCUCCACCAUCAUCGUCUUCGCCGUCGUCCACGCUCUCGACGCCUACGGCCCGGACAGCUGGACGCAGAGCAAGCUUCGACGAAGAGCGGCCGCCGCGACGCGAUGGGCCUCCUAUCGGCGCUGGCGCGUCGGUAGCUGGAGCACGCAGUCCUUGGGCACAUACAUGCUUGGCUUUGUCGGAUUCGUCUUCUUCACCGUCAUGACGCUCGCGCCGCAGCCGUACUACUGGCCCAACACCAAGGACGUGAGCUAUGGGCACUCGCCCCCGAUCGCGAUGGCUCUCGCCUGCCUGCCCUUCAUCUUGGUCCUCGCUACCAAGGCCAACCUCAUCGCCAGCUUGAUCGGCACAUCCCACGAGAACCUCAUUGUCUGGCACAACUGGAUCGCCUGGGCCAUGCUAGUCCUCGCCCUCAUCCACACCUUCCCCUUUGUCGUGCAGGGCAUCCAGGCUGGCGACAUUGUCGAGCAGUGGAACACGGGCGGGCUCUGGGUGACGGGUGUCAUCGCCCUCGUCGCCCAGGCCUGGCUGACCUUCUUCUCCAUCCGCUGGCUGCGCGAGCGCUACUACGAGAUCUUCAAGAUGACGCACUUCCUCGCCGCCCUCGUCUUUGUCCUCUUCUUCUUCCUCCACUGCGACGGAAUCCUCACCUCCUGGGACUACUUCAUCGCCGCCGCCACCCUCUACGCCGCCUCCUGGCUCUACUCGCAGUGCCGCGUGUACCUCGAGUACGGCCUGCAGCACAAGGCGCGGCUGACCCUCGAGGGCGCCGAGACGCUCAAGAUUGCCAUUGACACCACUGCCGAGUGGACGCCCGGCCAGCACGUGUACCUCCGCUUCCUGACCCUGGGGCUGCACACCCUCAGCUCGCAUCCGUUCACCAUCUGCUCCCUCCCCGUGUCGCGAUACAAUGGCAAGAACCAGAUGGUCUUUUACGUCAAAGGGCGAGGGGGUCUGACGGGACGUCUGGCCAAGAUGGCCCAAACCAACCCCGGCACCACGGUACGCGUGCUCCUCGACGGUCCGUACGGCGGCAUGCAGAGCCGAUGGUACAGCGGCUUCGACCACGCGGUUGUCAUUGCCGGUGGCGCCGGCGCCGGAUUCACCCUCGGGUUGUUCGAGGACUUUGUCACCCGGUCCCAAUUGCCAGCAGCAGCCGCGCAAGACCGCAAGUUGACACUGGUCCUGUCGUCCCGGGACCUCGAGCUGAAGAGGUGGUACCUAGACGCCAUCGCGGCGCUGCUGGACGAACAGCAGAUUGAGGAGGGAGAGGAAAAGAAGGAGGCGAGGCGACUAGCGGGCUUGACCAUUCACAUCCACCACACCGGCAUCGCGAAUUCACGCGCGGACAGCAGCGAGGACAACAGCUUGCCUGCCAAGGACGAUGCCGCUGCGCCUGCGUGUGGCGUGGUGACCGAUGUUCCCACGAGUCUCCGGGACGUCACCACAAACGUCGCAGCCGGACGUCCCGACAUCACCUCUUUGUGUCGGGAGAUCAUCGCUGCGGAGCGUGGUUCCGUCGGCCUGGUCGUCUGCGGCCCGGCGUCCAUGGUGCAUGAUGUGGGACACGUCGCGGCGUCUGCGCAGACGGAUGUGAUCAAGGGCGGCUCGGGGGCUUCUGAGGUGUGGUUCCACAAGGAGAGCUUCUCGUCGUAG